AUGCUGACAAGAACACAACAAUUCCAUUCAAAAGCAUCACCACAACUCCAAAACAAUAGAGGGUUUUGCUUCCAAGACUGUGUCUCCCUCUUGCAGCACCUGAGGGACCACAAAGACCUCAACUUUGGCACAGCUCUUCACUCUCUUUUCGUUAAAACUGCCCUUGACAAGGAUGUCUUUGUACAAAACAAUAUGAUUAGAUUUUAUGGGGACAUUGGACAAGUUCAGAAUGCACAUAAACUGUUUGAUGAAAUUCCUCAACCGAGUUUGGUCUCUUGGACCAGCUUGAUCUCUUGUUAUGUCCACGUCGGGAAACAUGAAAUGGGUCUGAGUUUGUUUCGUGGCUUGUGUCGGUCCGGGAUGUGCCCCAACGAGUUUGGUUUCUCUGUGGUACUCAAGUCUUGCAGGGUCAUGUGUGAUCCUGUGAUGGGAAAGGUCAUUCAUGGGUUGAUACUCAAAAGUGGUUUUGAUUCACAUAGCUUUUGCAGUGCUUCGAUUCUUCACAUGUAUGCUGAUUGUGGGGAUAUUGAGAAUUCGAGGAAGGUUUUUGAUGGGGUUUGUUUUGGUGAAAGGUGUGAGGCAUUGUGGAAUACUUUGCUGAAUGCUUACGUGGAGGAGUCUGAUGUGAAGGGUUCUCUCAAGUUGUUUCGUGAGAUGGGGCACUCGGUUGUGUCGCGGAAUCACUUUACUUAUACAAUCAUUGUUAAACUCUGUGCUGAUGUGUUGGAUGUUGAACUUGGAAGGUCUGUUCAUGGCCAGACUGUGAAGAUUGGGAUUGAAAAUGAUGUUGUUGUGGGUGGGGCUCUUAUUGACUGCUAUGUUAAACUGCAAUUUUUAGAUGAUGCUCGAAAAGUUUUUCAAAUUCUUGAUGAGAAGGAUAAUGUGGCAAUAUGUGCUUUACUUGCCGGGUUUAAUCAUAUUGGAAAAUCUAAGGAAGGACUUGCAUUAUAUGUUGAUUUUCUUGGUGAAGGUAAUAAACCGGAUCCAUUUACUUUCGCUACUGUUGUCAGUUUGUGCUCAAAUAUGGAGACAGAGCUUUCUGGUAUUCAAAUUCACUGUGGUGUGAUCAAACUUGGCUUUAAGAUGGAUUCAUAUCUUGGCAGUGCCUUUAUCAACAUGUAUGGAAAUUUGGGGAUGAUAUCUGAUGCUUAUAAAUGUUUUCUUGACAUUUGCAAUAAGAAUGAAAUAUGCGUAAAUGUCAUGAUCAACAGUUUAAUUUUCAAUUCAGAUGAUUUGAAAGCUUUAGAGCUGUUUUGUGGGAUGAGGGAAGUUGGUAUUGCACAAAGAAGUUCUUCAAUCAGUUAUGCUCUGCGGGCUUGUGGGAACCUUUUUAUGCUUAAAGAAGGAAGAUCAUUUCAUUCUUACAUGAUUAAAAAUCCUUUGGAAGAUGACUGUAGAUUGGGCGUAGAAAAUGCUCUUCUUGAAAUGUAUGUUAGAUGUAGAGCUAUUGAUGAUGCAAAAUUAAUUUUAGAAAGGAUGCCGAUACAAAAUGAGUUUUCCUGGACUACUAUCAUAUCUGGAUAUGGUGAAUCAGGGCACUUCGUAGAAGCACUGGGGAUCUUCCGUGAUAUGCUUCGAUAUUCAAAACCCAGUCAGUUCACAUUAAUUAGUGUUAUCCAGGCUUGUGCAGAAAUAAAGGCACUUGAUGUAGGAAAACAAGCCCAAUCUUACAUCAUCAAAGUAGGAUUUGAACAUCAUCCGUUUGUUGGAAGUGCCCUGAUUAACAUGUAUGCAGUAUUUAAACACGAAACUUUGAAUGCUUUACAGGUCUUCUUGUCCAUGAAAGAGAAAGAUCUUGUCUCUUGGAGUGUCAUGUUAACAGCAUGGGUCCAAAAUGGUUAUCAUGAAGAAGCACUUAAGCAUUUUGCAGAGUUCCAAACGGCUCACAUUUUUCAGGUUGAUGAGUCUAUUUUAUCCAGCUGUAUUUCAGCUGCUUCUGGCUUAGCAGCAUUGGACAUAGGCAAAUGUUUCCAUUCCUGGGUUAUCAAAGUUGGCCUUGAGGUUGAUCUUCACGUGGCUUCUUCCAUCACAGACAUGUAUUGUAAAUGUGGAAACAUUAAAGAUGCCUGCAAGUUUUUCAAUACUAUCAGUGACCAUAAUUUAGUAACGUGGACGGCUAUGAUAUAUGGAUAUGCUUAUCAUGGGCUUGGUAGAGAAGCUAUUGACCUGUUCAACAAAGCUAAAGAAGCUGGAUUGGAACCUGAUGGUGUCACCUUCACUGGGGUUUUAGCUGCAUGUAGCCAUGCUGGACUGGUGGAGGAAGGUUGCGAAUAUUUUCGGUACAUGAGAAGUAAAUACAACAGUGAAGUAACUAUAAACCAUUACGCCUGCAUGGUCGAUCUUCUAGGUCGAGCAGCAAAAUUGGAGGAAGCAGAGGCUUUGAUAAAGGAAGCUCCAUUUCAGUCAAAAUCUCUUCUGUGGAAGACCUUCCUAGGUGCUUGCUCUAAACAUGAGAAUGCUGAAAUGCAAGACAGAAUAUCAAACAUCCUUGCUGAUAUAGAACUGAAUGAACCCUCAACCUAUGUUCUACUAUCUAACAUUUAUGCAUCACAAUCAAUGUGGAUUAAUUGCAUAGAGUUGAGAAACAAAAUGGUAGAAGGGAGUGUUGCUAAGCAACCUGGUAGUAGUUGGAUUCAGUUGGCAGGAGGUUAA